AUGGUUCUUAAUGGUUAUGGUCUUGGUUACUGCCUUUGGCGGGUCUCUACUUCUCUUCUUCUCUUCUUGGCUGCCUCGACCAUCUCUGCCACUUCGAGUGUUGAUAAUGGUAAACUGUUUACAGUCAAUGACAUAAACUACUAUAGUGGUGAUGUGGUCUCGAGCAUAGUUAUCUCGGGUUUUGAUUCGACUCGAUUCGAUGCAAUCGUUCCCCUGACGGUCAUUCGGACAGAUAAAGCUGUGCUCAACACGAACAUUAUAAAAGAAACCAUUGCGAACUAUUCGGCCACCGAUGAUGUUUUUCAGACUGGAUUUCUUGAAGCGGUUUUCCUUGUCUACGAUGGAGACUAUCGAGGCCAAAUAGAGUCUGGUGUUCAAAAGGCUCUACGGGGACUUGGAAAUAAACUUGCGAUGGCCUCUUCCAGCUAUACAUCUGGGGUGCAUAUCAAAUAUGCCAAACUGCGUCAUGACAUACCAAACGGGCCCUACUUUUACUCACCGCGAACUGGAGAGAUCUAUCAGGCCUUCCGUCUCUAUUCCGAUCAUCAGCUAGCAUUCACUGAAGCUGCCCUUAGCGAUGGGGUCGGAGGAUUUAAACCCUUGCCAGCAACCUCAUCGGGUGCAAUGACGAAAAGCGUUGCUGUGCCAUCUAGGCUAUACUAUACACCAACAUCAUCGAAACCACUUGCAGGAUUACGUUUGGGAGUGAAAGAUAUCUUUGAUUUGAAGGGACUGCGGACUCCCUGUGUCUUUUCCAGAAGUGUCUCGUGGUGUACUCUUCCAGGUCAUGACGGGAAAUCGUUCCGUACGGACAUCGAUGAUUAA